GCCUUGAACCCAGCAGCCGCUUCUGCAUUGUGGCCAAACUUGAAGGUAUCCGAGGGCCAACGGGUGGUACCAUUUUUGCUGGUGGCCCCAAUCUGCCCAUGGAUUUGCAGACCAAGUUGGCCACACUACUUCAACAGCAUGGAGUUCCCGCUGAAGCAGUUCCUGAGCGAGUACAACAAGUCACCUUGAAAUUGGGUGUGUCCUCUAUCAAAGAAGCCUUUGAAGCCAAGAACUGCUGGGCCUACUUGAAGGCCAUAGCAAGCCGCCCUUCCAUCUCCAUGCGGUUGGUCCUCCCGGACGAGCUCUCCCGACAUGUGGCUGCGACUGCAGCCACCAAGUUUGGAGCCCAGGUGACCCAGGCCAAGCAAAAGAAGAAAAAACAGGAGCACAAGGCACCUCCUCGACCACUCAACCCUGAUCCCGAACAGUUGGUCUUGGCGCACACCAGCUUCCAAGAUCCUGAUGGUGAUGUGGUCGAACAGAUCCCUUUCAAUGACGUUGAGGCUGAAGCCACUGGGGUUGCCAUUUGCACAUUGGCACAGGCAUAUCACUUCAUGCAAUCAAAACAAUCCAUCAGUACAAGACCGUUGGCGAUCCUCACUACGGAAAGGCCACCCAAAGAGUACAUGGAGGAGCACUGUCUCACUGAAAUCUCCUUUGCGGCCAAGUACACAGGCACUGGUGAACCAAUUCUCAUCUUUGGAGCCCUCAAAAACUUGGGAGACAUUGAGCUCACUCGUCACAUUCCUGGUGCUGCUGAACAACCGUCUUUGGUGUCAACACAAGUCAUCAAAGUCCAGGUCUUUCGAGAUGAAUACCAAGGCGAUUGGCAACUCCUGGCACAAUCCCCAGUACGAGCUCUAUGCCAAGCUGUCCCUCUUCUCCAGCUUUGCCCAGGCAAAGACUGUGGCUCUGACUGCCCAAAGUCCCAUGCUGCCGUUGAUGAAGAGCUUGCACAGAUCUUCGGUGUCUUCCUGCGCAUACCUGAGUCCAUCUUGGACACGCUCCUGCAGAGUGGUACUCCAGGCAUUUACUUUGAACCAAGAUCAGCUGUCACCAAAGGCCAUGAUGAACGAUAUCGGGUGAUUUGGCUAUCAGCCCGAACCUAUGAUGAAGCCAUUCACACAUGCCGUACCAACAUUCAUGCCCUUGGACUUGUUCGAAUGAAGCGCAAGUAUGGCAUUCGGGUCAUGGCUGAACAUGAAGAGCAGACCUUCAAGCAGAUUAAGCCUGACGCCACAUGGGUCAAUGCCCAAGUGCAACGCAUUUUCCAACUCUUUCCUUUGCCACAUGGACUUCAACGAGGUGGUGUGAUUAAGCUCCUCAAAGAUCAUGACUGGGCCGUCAAACCCCUCCAGCCUGGCAAAGGCAGUGCCGAUGCUAUGUCUUGGCAAGUCGGGGCCGCUACCCCACCACCAAGUGACAUCAUCACUGGCUUUGGGAAAGAAAUCCUGAUCACUGAGAUUACCCGUGAGGGCAAACCAGUUCCACCACCCAAAUUGGUGGCAUCGGCCAAGACCCAACAGCACCUGCGGGCUGAAGCAUCGGCUCCUUCCUCAGCCUCAACUGCAGCACCUGCAGGCGAUCCUUGGAUGCUCCCUGGACGUGACCCAUGGAAGCCCACUGCGAUGCCCAAGAACCCAAAUCAAGGUAAGAGCCAACUCAAGGAGGUCACUGGCAACUUGAAAGAUGAGCUUGCGGCAGCCAUGGAUCAGAAGUUUGCCGAACUUCAAUUGGAUGCCAAGCACCAAGAGCCAGAUGGGUUUGCCGAGCACAAGGCUGACAGUCUCCAGAGGUUUGCCAAGCUUGAGACCUCACUGGGGGAGAUGCAAGCUCAGCAACUUCAGUUUUCAGGAUGGUUCACCAAUCUUCACCAGCAAGCUCAACUGGCUGAGACCUCAAUCCAGGGCAUUCAAUACACUUUGAAUACCCACCAAGCUGAACUCCAAGGGCUGCAUCAGGACAUCAAAGGGGUGUCGGAACAGGUGGGACAAGCUGUACACUCAGCAUUGCAGAACCACAAAGCGGAAGUGUCUCACGAUCUUGACACACGUUUCGAUCGUUUGGAAGCCCUGUUCAGCAACAAGAAGCACAGGAUGACUGCGAAUUUCGGUCGGGGGCCGGCCAAGCAAAAAUUGGAAUCUGGAAUGCACCAGCCCAACAAGAUGGAAGCUCUGGCUGUAUCUCAAGGGGCUGGCAUUUGGACUUAUGCAGAAACCCAACUUUCAGCCUUCACUCAAGUUUCUUCAAGUAAGGCACUGAAGUUUGCGGCUCGUCAGGACAACCGCUUGCUGAGAACAUACUUCAGCGCCCCAGCACCUUUGAGAAGAAGAGUCUUGGCGACACAACAUCAGAUUGGGCACCACAGUGUCACAGUGGUAUCCCUCUAUGGUCUUCCACGUGGGCCAACAUGGCCCCAAGCAACCUCUUUGAUGAAUGACAUUCUGGCGUUUCUCACCAAGACCUUCAUUUAUGGACAUUCUGGAUUGGUUGCAAUUUGUGGGGACUUCAACUUUAGUCCCCACGAGUUGGAGCACUUCCACCUCUGGCGUGCGGCUGGGUGGCAAUCUGCUCAGGACAUGGCCAGCAUGCCAUGGGGCCACCAAUGGCAACCUACCUGCAAAGGGGCCACUGAACGAGACUUGAUCUGGCUGUCACCGGCGGCUCAGACACUCUGCAAUGAAGUUCACAUUGAAGACCUCUUUGCAGAUCACAGUUCGGUUUCAGUGACGCUUGCAAUUUCAGAAGCACCAGCCUCCGUUUUGACAUGGCCCAGACCACAAGAGAUUUCAUGGGAUCAGGUUGAAGUUGAUCAAUGGCAUGAACAUUGCUGGAGUUGCAACAUGGUGGAAUCAGAAGAUGCAACAGACUUCAUGGCCAAGUUUUCACGUAGCAUGGAAACUACACUUGCUGGCUUUGUUGGGCCCUUCGGGGGUUCACUCCCAGUGGCACAGCGGGGCAGAUCACAGCGUCUCAAACCUGAAAAGCAACAGCUGCACCCGCGUUCUUGCAAAGCUAGUCGUCCAGGUGAAGUGGAAUUGAAACAUGAUUUGGUUGGAACUGCCUGCUUGCAAUGGUUCAGACAGCUUCGGCGAUUGCAGUCCUACUGCCACUCGAUCAAGGCAGGAAAACAACAUCAAGAAGCACUCCAUUACAGAGCUGCUUUAUGGACUUCAAUACGAAAAGCUGCAGGGUUUCAGCCGAACUUCAUUGACUGGUGGGAUCAACAAGAAUUUCAACCAGUUACAGGGCCACUUCCCCCUCAUCCACCAGAUGCUGUUUUGGCUUCCAUGAUUUUUGAUGCUUUUCACCAUGCAUUUCGAGCUUUUGAAAGGUGGCAUCUCUCACAGAAGAAUCGACUGAUCCAGGCGAAGUAUGACAAAUCUCAUGCGGCCGUCUUCAAGGACCUUCGCGACCCAGCACCAGACCAAAUUGAUAGCCUUUGGACUUCCAAGGACUUCACCGUCCUUGCUGUUAGACCUGGCUCCAAAGCAGUCCUGUUAGGCGCCCCAGUUUUUCCUUUAGAAAGACCGGCAUGGUAUCACAACGGUUGUGGGCUUUCCGUUGCUGGAUAUCAAGAUGAAAUGCUGGUUUUUAGCCAAUGGCCUGAGUUAGAAGUUGGAGAUGUCAUCACACUUUGUUCCCACACCAGCUCGGAUGCAGAAGUACAUGAAAAGCUAAUGGCACUCUGGAAGCCACGCUGGCAACAACUUCAUGCAGUAGAUCCAGACCACUGGACUCGCAUUAUCAACUUCAUCCAAGGCUACAUGCCCAGUUUUGAAUUCGUUUUGCCGGACAUCACACCGGCUCAGUGGAUGCGGACUGUGAAACGUUUCAAGCCAACCGCCGCCAGAGGCGCAGAUGGAUAUGCCAAGCAGGAUCUUUUGUACAUGUCACCUGCUCAUGUCCAAAAUUUACUUCAGUUUUUGAUGCGCAUUGAACUUGAAGGCCAAGCUUGGCCACAGCAAUUGACAGAAGGCAUUGUUUUGGCGCUUGCCAAGCACAGUGAAGCUCAUGAAGCUGGGUCUUAUCGGCCCAUCGUUCUCUUCAGUAUCAUCUAUCGCUGCUGGGGCUCACUCCGUUCCAGGCAGCUCUUGCGGAUGAUCGAGAGCUUUGUUCACUCAGUGCACAACCACCUGAGCGCCGCAUUGACCUCUGACAUUGGUUUUGCAGAAGGUGAUCCCUUGAGCGUGCCGGCAAUGGCAAUUCUUGACUGGGCGCUCCAUGUGUACCAGGCACAUUUGCGCUGGACGCGACUGCGCAUUUCCAAAGCGCCAUUGGUGCAAAAGUUGAUGUGCAUCCCAAUGGUCUUCUGGGCAUCGGCUCUACAUGGAGCUCUGGGAUGCGUCUUUGCAGAUGGACAUAUCCACCAACUUCGCAAGAAGGCCGUGGCAGCGCUUGGAUUGAAGAUCGGUUUUUACCAUUUGCGUCAUUGUGUUUUUGAUUUCCGACGAAUCUGCGACAAAACACCUGAUCUGCUGGUGCAAUGGCGAACCUUCAUGGCACACUUUACAGGUAGGAAGUUGACUGGGCCAUUCUACAAGAUAGUUGAUCUUUUCAGCAUGCUUGGCUGGUCCAUUGGCAUGCCACCCUUGUUCACCGACCAUGAUGGUUUUGUCCACAACUUGCUCCAGCUCCCCAAUGCCGCUCUUGAGUUGUUGCUGCAUGAUGCAUGGCUACAGUAUGUAGCACACCAGGUGACAUACCGCCGAACCAUGCAUGACCUUGCUGGCCUGCGCAAGGAACUGACAUUUCUGGAUCGGAGUCACAUGACUCCACAGGAAUUGGGACGCACUAUGGCUUUGCAAUCAGGUGCUUUUAUUUCCGAUUGGAGCCAUGCCAAGUUUGACCCAACCAAGACUUCGAUUUGCUCUAGAUGCCUGGUCCCAAACACAUUGCCUCAUUGGUUUCGAUGCCCAAUGUUUGAUGCUGUCCGUGCACAGAUGCAGGAAACAUUUGACUGGCUCAAUGAGCUCCCAGACUGUAUGGUACACCAUUUAUUGGUGCCGAGAUGUCGCUUUGAGCUGGACUUUAAAGCCUACCUCUUGCACAUCGAGGACAACACUGGUUGCUUUCACUCUACGCCAGGAGAGGGGGUUCAAAACUUGUUUUCUGAUGGCUCCUUUUUUUCUGAUAAUCCCAAAUAUGUUGGGGUAGGGGCUUGGUCUUUAGUCAAUGCAACUACUGGCUGCAUCAUUGGCACUGGGCACCUACAUGGACUGGUGCAAUCGAUCUCACGAGCUGAGCUCUGCGGUGCUUUGGCGGCGAUCAAGUGGGCCUCUCACUAUCAAGUGGCAGUGCACCUUUGGAGCGACUCCAAGUAUACAGUAGAUGGCAUCAAAGCCCUCUUGGACGGCCAAUGGCAUGUUCAUGCUUCUCUGUGCGAAAACCAUGACCUUUGGCGCCAACUUGCUGACCUUUUGAUUGACUUGCCGGACGGCCUCUUUCAGGUUAGUUGGAUUCCAUCUCACUUGGAUCUUACGUUGUGCACCACAACACUGGAGGAAUGGAUCGCAGUCUGGAACAAUGUGGCAGAUGAGCUUGCUGUGCGCACCAAUGCAUCACGCUCAGAUGAAUACUACCAACUGAAACAUGGAGCACAACAACACUUUGCCUUGUGGGCUGAACGGAUCAGAAGCAUUCGCCAGUUCUAUUUCCUUGUUGCUGAUGUCAGGCUCCAAGAUGCUGAGGUGAUAGAUCUGACGGUGAGUGAGUCAUUUGACUGGCCCAAUUUAGGUAUCGUUUUGCCCAUUUCAGAUGCAAUGCCAAUUGAUUGGCAGUCACAGUUCAAAGCGCAAGAUGUACAGUUGAAGUUUCCUUUUGAAUUCGUUUUGUCCAUUUUUGAGCACUUGUUUCAGCUUGAGUUGCAAGCAGACAUUUUCGUGCCAAUUAGUUUUGUAGAGCUCACAGUUUGGUGCAUACGAGAGUGUCAUUUAUCUUUUCCAUUUUGGAAUCCAAGUCGUAUGCAAUGGGAUUUGAGACCAUAUGAUGCCUUGUUGCUGCGUCCCACUUUGGCGUCGAUGGUUCAGAUUGUUCGGGUUGUGUUUACCAAGGGGUGUCGAAUCCUUGGCUUGGAGCAAUUUCUUCUGAAAGGCAUCCGAAAGCCUGAGUCUGGAUUGUUUUUGCCUGCGGAUGGCAUGGCAAUUUGUACAACAGUUGCCACCCAGGGCAAUCUAGCGAGUGGCUGCCUUUCAAUCGCCGGUCAGCACAAGUUGCGCAAGGCAUCUGACCUGGCUC